GGACCGCCUGCACGCGACGCGGUUGCUUCCACGCGACGCCCUCCACGUCCACGUUAUUGCCCUUACAGAAUCCCUAAAAAAUACACUUUAUUUUUCGCACUGUUCCAUCUUGACAGUCUUUAAAAAAAAAAAAAAAAAAAAAAACAGAAAUUCUAAACGAUCUCGAGAGGUAAAAAAUAUUCUACGUUAGGAAAUAUUUGUGUAACGCUUGCAACUGGUUGUUAAAUGGCCCUCGCGAUCCUUGUAACGAGCCUCUGGACGUUUCAUGGCGUAAAGAUAAUGAGUUGCGAAUAAAUAACGAGGAGAAGAAAGUGCGAUUUCGCUCGGAAACAAACAAACGAUGAGAUUAUACAAUUGCAAUCUCUGCGAACAUUAGCAGGCUCGUGAAAGGGGUGCAAAAGACGUUUAACGGUUACCUAAACGUGCCGGAAUGCGAUCAACGUAGGCAAACAGAGACGCUGAGACGUUUUUCUAAUGGAUAUUUGUCGGCUGGUCAGACAAAGUGCAAAUAUUUCUGAAUGGUAGAAGGCUCUAAGAAAUGCCGAAAAAACGAUCGGUUGCGGGACUGCAAUUCAAAUAAAGAAAAAGUUAAUGGAGAAAGGACAAACACGGUUCUUCCAACUAUUACGAAAAAGUGACAAGUUUACCGAGCUGCUACGAAGAAGACUUAAAUAAAUUGGUUUCAGCAUUUAGAGAAUUGUGGCGGCGAGGUCAGUCAUAAUGGUGAUGUUCAAAGAGAUCAUCGACAUGGAUCGUCAUCGAAGUUGGUAUUGAAAAACAAAAAUGCGACAUUCGAAGCAGUAUUACACGAUUUUACGAUGAGAAACCAGCAGGACGCCUCGAGUCGUCGAAACAGCGGCGGCGACGACUGAUUAUGACGCGCGUCGGCACGCGCCGCGAUCACUCUCGUCUCCUCCUGCCAUUCUCAUCCUUCGAGACCUUCCACCUUCCCUGCAACCUGAUCCUUCUUCUUCUCAGCCUCCUCUCUGUCCGCAGCGUUCUUCCGUGUAAUGAAAAGACUAGACCCCAGUGUCAUGAACUUGCGACCUUUCCUUACCACCCAGUCGAUAGCAACGUGGAAAGAAAAUUUUCUUCCUUCACACCGGACUGGAUGCAACGUGGCUUAACUUGGUCGAAUCGAGUGGAGAGAAUCGACAUCAAGGAUAAUAGGAAGUCACGGAAAGACGCGAGCUCGUUGAAACGAGAUAGCCAGCUGGCGAACAAACGAGCUCAAUCCAACGGCGACUAUGAUCGUGAAUUUGCCGAUAGCGUGACUGAAAUACUCGGCAAUUCUUUCGUCGAGUUUCGCAAACGGCACGAGAAACGAAAGUUUCGUCGAGAAAACGACGUGCAAAUCGAUACGGAUACUCGAACCGACGAUACGAGUCUAUCGAAUGGCGCACGCUACCACGACAGGAAACACAUCGACCUUAGAAUGAAAAGAAACUUCGAGAGGAAACGUAAAUUGAACUGGAAGGCUGCAUUAAGUUCCCUCGGAUUAGAAGAAUCGCUUUCCGAUUGCGACGGUGAAUGCGAACGAGUCUAUUCGCGGUCCGUUCGAAGAAAUAGGUCCGAUCGAGUCGCGGAUAAUCCCGAGACGAAAAGAGACAAUGAAACGGACGCUUCUUCCGUUCGUUCGACCGACGUAAAUGGCAAUCUGUCAGCGGUGCUGAACGAGAGCAGCGAGCAGCCUUUCAUUGGCUUCGAAGGCUCGCAGAAGUUCCCCAUAAAAGUCACCCAUAAGCCGCCGGUAGCACCUCAAAUUGAAAAGUACGACAGAAGGCACUUUGGUCCACCGAAAAUGGACGUUCCUGAGGUCACUUUACCUUCCUAUCCGACCACGAUGUCUCCGGAUCUGCCCAAGAGUCCUGGCAGGGAUGUUCUCCAUCGACAUCGUAAAGUGGACGAGAACGCGGAAGAAGAACGGAAACAGGAAACGAUCGACGCGAAUGAGAAGGUAAACGAUACAACGGAUGAAUUGUGGUUACCAGGCGCGUCUUCCGGUCGACGUUCUUCGAGCAUGGCCGCCAGUAAAUCUGAGGAAAAGCGUGUUUCGACGUCUUAUCCGAUAUUGACAAGCACCGAACAAGAUUUCGAAAAUAUAUCGAGCACUCAGGAAGGGAGAAAAGAGGAAGAGAGAAACGAAGCGGAGGAAGGUGUGACAGUGUCAAAUGUGAAACCAUUCGAGAAGAUAAACGUAACCAUCUUGGGAUUGUUCGAGAUGACUCGAGGUCAAGAGCCCAGACCGGAAGGACCCAGCGAACUGCAAGCCGCCAGAUUAGCUGUGGAACGAGUAAACGAAAUGAAUGUGCUAUCCAACUUCCAGCUCCGUCUUAUUUAUAACGAUACCAAGUGCGAUCCAGGAGUGGCGGUAGAUAGAUUCUUCCACGCUUUGUACUCGGCGAAGAAAAACGAUCUGAUACCUCUAUUGCUGGGCACCGCUUGUUCCGAGGUCACGGAAACCUUGGCCAAGAUCGUACCCUAUUGGAACGUGAUUCAAGUCUCCUUUGGAUCCACCGCACCUGCGCUCUCGGAUUCCACCGAGUUCCCGUUGUUCCUGCGAACCGUAGCACCGGAUUCGAGCCACAAUUCCGCGAGGAUAGCGCUGAUCAAGCAUUUCGGAUGGGACACGGUGACUGCACUCUCGCAAACCGGUGACAUGUAUUCUCUGGCUGUAAACGAUCUAGUCACAGAACUGGAGCAGGCGAAUAUCACGUGCACCGCUACUAUCACGUUCGCGGAGAACGACUACAAGGAACAGCUGCGAACUUUGAAAGAGUUGGACACGAGAAUCAUCAUCGGGAGCUUUUCACCGCGACUGGCACCACGUGUUUUCUGUGAGGCCUGGAAGUUAGGAAUGCACGGGGGCGACUAUGCUUGGAUUUUGCCAGGUGAUACGAUCGACCUAUCAGGAAUGGCGGGUAACUGGUGGCACUCGGGACCAGAGGAAUGUACACCCUCGCAGCUCUCGCAAACUCUGGAUGGCUUGAUCAUCGUCAAGAGCCACGGAUCCGCCUUAGGAAAUGAGAUCAGUUCUUCGGGGUUGACGAGCAGUAAGUUUACAUCGGAACUGGCAAAAAGAGGCGUGACACAUUCAAAAUUCGCCGCUCAAACGUACGACGCGGUUUGGGCGAUAGCCCUCGCACUGAAGAGGACCGAGGUUCUUUUGAACAAAGCCAACACCAGCAUGAGCCAAUACACGCACACGAGGAAAGACAUUGCGCUGAAAUUGCUGGAACAGUUGAAGGUUCUACGUUUCAUCGGUGUUUCGGGACCAGUCUCGUUCGAUGGGGCCGAUCGUGUCGGUAUAACGGCCUUUUACCAGAUGCAUGGUCAUGUUAUUAGGAGGAUAGCGAUUUUCAGCCCAGAAGACGGCAAACUGAUAAUGAAUUGCCCAGGAUGCGCGAUAACCAGGUGGCCUGGCGGACAUCCUCCUGCGGCUCGAAGAGUCUUCCGGUUAAGAGUAGUUACCGUAGCACCAGCUGCUUUUCUCGCGGUUGCCUGUCUAGCCAGUAUCGGUGUCACCCUUGCCCUUGCGUUCUUGGCGUUCAAUCUACACUUCCGCAAGCAUAAGAGCAUAAAGCUUUCAAGUCCUAGACUGAACAAUAUGGCCGCCGUUGGUUGCGGUCUGGUCUAUGGUGCGGUUAUACUUCUGGGUCUGGAUCACGCAACGCUUCCGGACAGCAACGACUAUUAUCCCACAGUCUGCACCGCGAGGGUGUACCUAUUGUCUGCCGGCUUUUCUCUGGCUUUCGGAUCGAUGUUCACCAAGACCUAUCGUGUGCACCGGAUUUUCACAAGAAGCAGAAGCGGCGUUGUCAAGAAUAAGCUACUUCAGGAUACCCAGCUUAUAAGCUUAAUCUGCGUCCUUCUACUGAUAGACGGCCUCGUGGUGACCUUGUGGGUGACUUUCGACCCUAUGCAACGUCAUCUGCGAAACUUAACCCUGGAGAUUAGCCCUCAGGAUAGGGGUGUCGUCUAUCAACCCCAGGUUGAAGUGUGUCGUUCUCAACACACGAACAGUUGGCUGGGAGCUCUUUACCUUUACAAAGGUCUGCUGCUGAUCGUCGGUGUUUACAUGGCCUGGGAAACGAGACACGUGAAGAUACCAGCAUUGAACGAUUCCCAGUACAUCGGUAUGAGCGUCUAUUUCGUGGUGAUCACGUCGGGGAUCGUGGUGGUGUUGGCUAAUUUAAUGUCGGAUCGGGCGACCCUGGCCUUCGUCACGAUCACAGCCCUAAUCUUGGCCUCCACUACCGCGACGUUGGCUUUGCUAUUCCUUCCCCAAUUGGCAAACAUUCUAGCCGGAGAGAGGGCUGAUCCAGUCGUGCAGAGUCUCGGCUUGAAGAUCGAGUGCAACACAAGGAGAUUUGUCACCGAUGAUAGAACCGAGCUUCAAUAUCGCGUGGAAGUGCAGAAUCGCGUGUACCGGCGUGAAAUGGCGCAGCUGGAGCUGGAACUUGCUAGAUUGGAGAAACAAUUGGCACAGGAGCAAGUCGAGCCAUCGCACGCCUCGUCGAGCGCAUCGAUUUCGCAACGCAAUCCCAGCAUCGGUGGUGGUCUACCUUUGUUGCUGCUCAGCGUUCUCCCGCCGGUCAUCCCUAGGGCCAGCUGGCCGUCCGCGGAUUCAUCCGGCAUACGCCGGGGUACCGUAGCGUUUAGCAGCCAACCGGAUCUCGAACCAGACGGCGGCGCCAGAAGAAGUCUCGCGGAUAUUUACAAGCUUCAUCAGCGCAGGGAAACGGAAGGACCGAAUCGUUUGGGCGUUUUUCAACGACUCUUGAGUCUUUUCGGUAGUCGUCCUAACAGCAGGAAAACUUCAACCGCCUCGUUUUCGGGUAAUGGAGUAGCAUCAGCACUGCGGGUUCACAUGGGCUACAUCGCUGGUUUGGUGCCGGGCACGAAAGCUGCGUCUACCUGUCAGGUGAAUGCCCAAGGCACUCGUUCGCCUCAUCCUCGGUGUUGCUCAGGACCAAUAAUUAGUAUUACUAGCGAAGAAGAUCGCAGAUUAAGCCUGGGGCUGCGUCGUAAAGAGAGCAGCGAGCCAAGAGUCAAUUUCAGCCUACCGCCCAAACCAAGCACCAGUCAAACAUCCUCGCGAGAAAAAGUCCGAGGAUCUCCACGAUUUCCUCACAGAAUAGUCCCAGCGAACAGUUUGAAUGCGAUCGCUCCUGGAUCAUCGAUCGCGAGGUCGCAUCGAUGGCAUUCGAUGGAGGACGCAAGUAAAAUGAAAAUCGCCCAAUUACCCCGAGGUUCCUCCUGCAGUCCCAGCAGCGACGUAUGGACCACUCGCCACGAGCUUGGAAUCCCAUUGAGCGAACUGGGAAACAUUGUUCGAAAGGUGAAACCUCCAGAAUCGUUAGCCCUCCCAUUCGUUACAGGAACAAGCUUACUUUCUGACGACGUGACUGUUGUUGAGGACGAUUCGAAAAUGACCAUGGAGGACAACAGUGUACACGAGAACGUCAGUUCCAUCGAGGUAGACUCGAAGAUCACUCGAUCAGCUUCUUCUUCAUCGUCGUCGUCGUCGAUCAGAAUAUCGAAAAACGAUCCGUCGUUUUCUAGAAACGAAUCGCAAUCGGAUACGAGUACAAACGUUGUUAGGGUGUCAGAGUGUUCUCGAUCCUCGAGUCCUACGGUCCUCGUGACGAAUUCGGCCGCUUUGGAAGAGAACGCGUCGGGUGAAAACGAAGAAUCAACUGCCGUGUAGAGUAAAAUCGUGGAAAACGACACGACUUCCUGCUGCAAUAUCCUUCCUUCCUUCGCUAGUCGAUAGUCUCGAACAAGAAGAAGCGAUGUACCAAUCUGUGCCAAAAAGCACAGGCCAACAACACGACCCAGAAAAGACGUUUCUCUUUUCCUUCAACCCUUAUGAUCCCAACGACCAAUCUAGGCCGAUUAAAAUCAUCUAAAAACGAAUAUUUCAUACAUCUUGAAGCAUAUGGUGAACGCAACAUUUUUUAUUUAAAAGUUGUGUUUCAAUUUUAUCUUGGGAUCUAAAGGAUUAACCGUAACACGUAGAACUAUGAUCAACUCGGAUUUACGAAGGUUUCAGUACGAGGAACGAAAAUUUAUUGCUGUUUAAACUUUGAUCGUGUGUGUUCCCUAGCAAUUGUGCCAAAGACAAAAAUAAUACAGGGCCGGUAAAAGUAUACCAGCUGAUCGACUUUAUGGAUUACGGAGGGACCAACGUAUUAAUAAUAAUUUUCAUUUCGUUGUUCGAAAUUUGUUUCGAUGAAAACCGAUUGAAGAUUCUUUGUAAACCUUUCGUUUCCUCGAUAUCAUUCCGUAUCAAUUGACAAGCUCAAAUCGCAUAAAGUCGAAAAAUAGGAAAGUUGAGAAUACUCUUACAGGUCCAAACAAACGUUAAAGUGUUCAGCGUCCUAGAUCCCUUCCUUCAGUACCUGCACUCGGUGUAACGCAAUGACACUUGUUUCGACCAUAAUUCAUGGUUUUUCGGACUCACGGCGAGUCGUCUAAAACGAAAAUAACGAUUGUCGAUUUCGUCUGUAAAUCUUGAAACGUGAUGCACCGAUAUUUUCAUGCUGACGCGCAUACAAUUUAAUGUACGUGUGUAUAAAUCUGUAGAUAAAAGUGGAAGAAGCGCAAACGUAUCCCCUCGUUUCGUACCUCGAUAAACGUCUCGAUGUGUCAAUCAUUGAAUUUACUGACUUACUACCACUAAGCAAUAAUGUUUUGUCGGCGCAAUUAACAAAUGGUGUAAUAAAGAUACGCAUA